CACGUCUUGCAGAGGCGCCGGUGGUUUUGACAUAUAAAAGUACGCGUCCCACCGGCUGACCGGCGAAACUCUGCCUUUACUCUCUGCACCACCGGAUCGGACCCGGACGACAACGGGGAUCAGAACCAACACCGACAAAACCAGCCUCACAGCUUGAGGACGCCUGGCUGGGUUAUGCGCCACAUGAGACCGGGGCACUUCCACUGCUGACACCGAUUAUCAAAGAAGCCAUCCUCCGUAUAAGUGGCCUGCCUUGCGUGGGAUGCUGGAGAGUGGCAGAGCAGGAGAAGAGAUUUUGAUGCCACUUGGCAACAGUAAAAGAGGUGUCGCAUAGUCAGUCAUGGGGGAUUCAUUCUUCAACUGCUGUUAUGUCCCACCCCAUCCCCCAGGCGAGGAGGAACCCCCCAGAUCCAGACGCUCAGAAAUCAUGGCCUCCAAUUCAUCUCACAUCUCCUCCGACAAGCGCUUCAUCAUCUUCUUCGACUUUGAUGAAACCAUCGUUGACGAAACCAGCGACGACAUGGUGGUGCAGGCCGCCCCGGGUCAUCACCUCCCGGACUGGCUGAAGGACACCUACCAGCCGGGCCGCUACAAUGAGUACAUGCAGCGCGUACUGACCUACCUGUCGGAGCAGGGAGUCACCGAGAGCCACAUACGCAGCAUCAUGGAGAAGAUACCCUCCACCCCCGGCAUGCUCACGCUCUUCCAGUUCCUCCGCACAAGGCCCCCGCAGGACUUCGAGGUGGUGAUGGUGUCCGACGCCAACACCUUCUUCAUCGAGUCCUGGCUGCGUCGCCACGGAGCUCGUCCGCUCUUCCACCGCAUCUUCACCAACCCGGCCACCUUCAACAAGGACGGGCGUCUGGUGAUGAGGCCCUUCCACUCCCACGACUGCCCGCGAUGCCCAGACAACAUGUGCAAGCAGGUGGUCGUCAGGGACUAUGUGGCCCGCAGGACGCAGGAGCGGGGCCGUCCCUAUCAGAGGAUCUUCUACGUUGGAGAUGGAGCCAACGACUUCUGCCCUGCUAUCUCCCUGGGGCCCCGGGACGUGGCAUUCCCGCGACGAGACUUCCCCAUGCACCGGCUGAUCACGGAGACCCAUGAGGCCAUGCCAGGGGAGUUCAAGGCGGUCACGGUGCCCUGGGUCAGCGCGGAGGAGGUGUUGCAGCGGCUGAGGAAGCUGGUGGCAGAGUAGAGAGUCACACUCACAAAAAAAAGACAAAGAGGGGACAAUAGACACUUUUUAGUCAUAUUCUCAGGAAAAAUAAAUAGCCCCUAUCUAACGUUAAAGGCAAUAAAAUAAUUUGUUAGGCCUACUGUCAGUGAAGUAUCUAUCUGCACGUGCCUUAGCCUCUCGUGCUUUGGUCCGGAGGUCACAAAAACAGGGGCAGCAGGUUAUUGAUUAAAGACCUGCCAUUGUCACACAAAGUGACUAAUCUCAUCUAAUGUGAUUCAGAAUAAGUUAGAAGUGAAUGAUUGAACUAUAAAGUUUGAGGGCAUUUGCAU